AUGUCUGUCCAACCCACUCCCUCCUCAGACGAACAACGUCUUCGAGCAAGGAAACCCCUCCCGCCUCCACAGCCAGGAUACCUCCCUGUGGCCGGCUCGCCUUUGGUAGUCGACCAGGAGCUGUACGCCUCCAUUCAACAGGGUCCCAGGGAACUGGUCGAGUCGUUCACGUUGCCUAUCAGAUCUGGACGAGCAUGGAAAGCGCCCGCCAAAAGCAUCGUCAGAAUCAGCACCCCGGAAGGACCGCAAGUAGUCUCAAGCAACAAACCAAUACUCACUUCCUCACUCACGCAUCUGACGGCGCUUCCUCCGACCUUUACGGAAAAAAAUCUGGAUUUAAUAGGUGACUUGAACAUCUGGAACGCGGUAAACCCUCGCGAGCGAUUCUGGGCUUCUCGAACAAAACAAUUACACUCUUCCCACGUCACGACAUACGAUCGAUUGUGGUCGUGUCUUCCGUACAUGCGUCCUCUAUGUACAAUCAUAGCCGACUCCUUGUCCUGGUACGGCAAGGACGAGACCGGUGGUCGGGUCCACGACCUACUCGGCACACGCUGCGACCCCUACAUCAACACCCUCCUCGCCGGGCCGGAGGCCUCGUACGACUUCCAUUGCCAUUCCAACCUGACGAGAGCAGUGACACCGUUCGGGCUCAACGAGUUCGACGUCCACGACGUCAUCAACCUGUUCCAAGUGACCGGAUUAGACGACAAGGGGAGGUACUUCAUGCAAUCCUGUCCCGCACAGCCAGGAGACUAUAUAGAGUUCUUCGCCGAGCAGGAUCUGUUGAUGGCCUUGUCCACAUGUCCUGGCGGGGAUUUGUCACUGUGGGGGUUUGGCAGCGACAGCGAGAAAGACAUGAUCAAAUGCUGUCGACCUCUCAAAGUCGAAGUCUUUAAAUUGGUCAACGAAGACACCGUCUUGGCUGGAAAAUGGACACCUGCACAACGUCCAGACUAUCGCGGCCUCCACGGCAUGACCGUGCCGCUAGGAGAGAAAAAGUAG